AUGCUCGCUGGGUAUCUCGCUGUCCUCUUGACGGUGCUCCAGCUCGUCUGGGCGCAGAAUAUAACGACUACAAUCGUCACGCGGAUCCCAGUUUCGACGCUCACAACGUCGGUGACAAGUUCUGGCUCAGUCUUGCUCGCACCGACGACAGUGCUGUCCACGCGCACCAUUGUAUCCGUUAUUUCAACCGCAACGGCCUCUGCUACGUCGUCUCCAACGCCGACACCGUCUCCUAUUGUCCUCGACACCAAAGUGGACGCGCCAUGGGCCGUUCUAGGCACUCUCCUCAUCCUCUCGGGUCUACCGAGCGCAUUCUGGGGCCACAAGAACCGAUGGUCGUCCUUCUUCAUUAUCGGAUUCUACACGCUUUCCAUCGUCUGUCUCGCGCUCAUCCUUCGCUUCGGUGUCCUGCAAGCCAUCAAUCCGCCGAGCCAGACACUUCGCGGCCUCUUUGUAUUGUCCUGCAGUGUCGCAGGUUUUGUUGGCGGUGGUUUCGCCAUCUUCUUUUGGAAAGGAACCAAAUACUUUAUCGGGGCCUGGGGAGGCUUCGCGGUUGGCCUCUUCAUUCAGUGCAUGAAUAACGGCGGCGUGAUCAAGCCGCUCGGCUUCAGAUGGAUUCUCUAUUCUGGCUGUGCAGUCAUUGGGUUCGUCCUCUGCACGAUCCCAAAGAUCCACUAUCAUAUCCUCCUCGUGAGCACGGCGAUCGUCGGUGCCAGUGCUUUCAUGCUCGGAGUAGACUGCUUCACGACGGCCGGACUAAAGGAAUUCUACGUCUACAACCUGGGAUUCCGAGGACUGUUCCCGAAAUAUGCGUAUAUCGACUUUCCAGUCUCGCAAACAAUGCAGAUAGAGUUGGGAAUGAUUGGCGCCGUCGCCAUCAUGGGUGCGAGUGUACAAGCACGCGUUCUCAUCGCACUGCAAGCCCGACUCCGCGAGAUCAAUCGCGAGCAAGACCGUCGAAAUGCAGCUGUUGAAGCAAAGGCAGCAGCUCGGUUUACGCAAAUGGAAAAGGAGCUCGAAGAAUGGGAGCUCGCUCACGGCAAUGGCGGGCCCAGGAAGCCAAAUGACCUGGAAGCCAGCCGGACUCAGACACCAGAUACUCCCCGCAACUCUUCUCAAUUCAGCCUUUUCCGAAAUACAAAGACGGCUAAAGGCCGGUCGUCCGUCACCAUGGCAGAUCUCUCACAAACUCAGCCAGCCGCUCCAAAGGAAGAGCGUGCAACGAGCCCAAAGCUCGACCUUGACCUUGGGAAAUCCGUCGAGGAAGCCCUCCCCGAAAAGAUGCUUUCCUCGGAGGCAUUGGAGACCAGAUUAAGUGAGGAGGAAAAGAAGGAUCCAGAGCUGCAAAAGAAUAUCCAGCUCCUUCAAGAGAUUCGAGGGAUUCGAAAUACCAUCAGCUUGAUGAGGAACGAAGUUGCCAGUCCCAAGUCUACCGCUUCACCUUUGCUCGCCGACCCUGACCGGAAGUCUCCUACUUUCUCUGAUGGCAACCACACAUCUCGAAUCUCGAAUACUGUCGGUACGGGACCUCGUCCUCAAGCGUCUACGUAUACGGCGAGACCGACUAGCACUCCGGCAUUGAACGAGUGGGAUGACUAUGUCAAGAACCGAGUGCUUUUCCAACCUCCUACUGGUACUUCUGCACCAAUCUCUCCGGCGCCGCAGCGACAUCGCCCACAUUCGAUUACUCUUCCUUCGGCGGUUGCUCAAGCAGUCGAACAGCGGCAAAGACAGGAACGCGCCUAUGAAUUUGGUGGUAUGGACGCUUACAUGGAGGCGGCCAACGGUAGCUCUGGUCACGGUCACGGUUCCCGCCCUGCGUCUGCCACACUUGGAACAUUCCUCAACGUCCCGGGAACACCUAACGACGACGAAGACAUUCCUCUGUCUCACAGGCGUCGCACGAGUAGCGGGGUCAAGUCAGCAACCCAGCCCAGGUCGAGGACCACAUCCCAGAUUGUCAUUCUCCCACCCAAUCCAGCACCAGCACCAAAGACUCCAGAACAGCCGGUAGUCAGGACAUUUGAAGAGCUCUCGGCAAGACAUCGAGGAAAGAUGCGAGAGCUGCAGGCUCCUCUGAGCCAACGAGAGGCCGAACAAGCUGCCAUUAACUCUGCGAGAGAACGCUGGGAACGAAGUGUGGCUGUAGAGAGGGGUGUGAUGACGAGAAAGGAGCAAGAAAAGAUGCAGACUCGACAAGACCCUGGACAAAAACCGCAUGCUCGCUCUCGUAGUACCUUUGGCUUGAAUGAGCGGCCGACUUCCACUGCCAAGGUCCAGGAUUGGCAGAAAUAUCAGGAUAGUACCAAGCGACAGCAACAGCAACCGCAGCACCGGUCCUCUUAUAUCGAAGAGGACAGGACUCGCAAGGCAUCCGACACGAUGCCUAGAUCGCGGUCGCCGAGACCCUUUCCGUCUCAAAGGCCACGAUCACAACUCUAUUGA